GCGUGAAAAUUACGCGCCAAAAUCAACAAGAAAAGAAGAGUAAAGUCAAAUCAUUUUCAGUGGGCCCUACAGUCAAUGCUUUGCUGGAACCGACCACUUUCAGCUUUUAGUAUGGCACAACAGCUUUUAUUUUCUCGUUAUAUUGCUUCUAUUCUUAAUUUUUUUUUCUAUUUUUUUCCUUGAAAAAAUCAAGAAAAUACAAUAUGUUACGUAUUAAUUUUAUUUAAUUAAUUUUCUUGGGUAUGUGUUUUUUUUUUUUUAUUUAAUCAACAAUUCCCUUUUUGAAGAGCACGAGAUGUCUGUCAUAAUGGUGUUGAAAUAAGUAGUAUCUUACAUGUGUGUUCUUGUUUUUUUCCUUCUUUAAUUAUUCAUUUUUUCUGGGUUUUAGGAAUUCUCAAAAUUCCCCCUUUUUUCAUACACUGAGUUACUUCACUUAAAAAUCUAGAAAAAUACAAAUAAAAAUUGUAAAAAAAAAAAAGUUGAAAACCCAUAAAAAAAAAUCUGGGUUUUUCUUAGAUUUUAAUUGGGGAAUAGCUUUUGUCAAAAAAAAAUAAUAAUAAUUGGGGAAUAGCUUCAGGUUGAUUUUAAGUAAAGGGUGUUUUUAAUUUUUCAUAUAUACCUUACAUUUUUCAUGCAUUUAGAUGUUGGUGGUCCUAAUUUCCAAAUCGAAAGCUGCAAUUUUUAGGAUUUGUGGCAUUAGAGUUGCUGUUAUACCUCCUCCUUGAAGCUAAUUUUGUUGGAAAUAAGCAAUGAGAUUAGGCAUUCAACAGAAUGAUAUCGACUCAUCCACUGGGCAAAGUCUUUCUGGCAGUUUCAGAAAAUCUACAUCUGUAUUCGGAGAAAAUGACUCUUCACCUGGACAUGAUGUGGAUGGAAGUUUCAGGAAAUCCAACACUGGGUUUCAUCAUAAUGAUCUGGACCUGUACUCAGCACAAACUUUCGACGAAAGUUUUAGAAAACCAAAAACUGGGGUCUGCAAGGGUUCUUCUGGCUUGUCAUCUCUUAACAAGUUAGCUCCUAUCUCCAAAAGAGCCUACAAAUCACUCAAAGACUGCGCAAGAAACUUAGUUGACUCCGAACUUUUUAUUCAGAGCCUAGAAGAUUGGAUUUUGGAAAACUCUCUUACAGAUUCCAACCAUGAAUAUUCGUUUGACUCUCCUUUCCAGAUUGAUGAACUCCGUCAGCUUGACUAUGCUUUAGAGGGAACCUUUUUUCAGCAACUUUUUCGAAUGCCAACUUCCUUAUACUGCUCUAGUGAUUUAAAAGAAGAGGAAUAUUUUGCUCUCGAAGAUUUCCUCCACACCAUGGCUGAUGGAUUAUGGCGUACCUUUUGGCAUAAGAGUUCCCCUUCGCCAUUUGUUGUGUCUUGUGCUCGUCAUCCUCGAUCAAGGUUCUAUUCUCUAGAUAAAGCGAUAUCAAGGGGAAAAGUUGCAGAGCUUUGUGGUGCAGCUUUAAUUGCAAGAGACGGAAAUGAUGUAAAUAUCCAUUGGGACCAAGUGGUUCAAUUAUCGUUAUUCAAACCUGAUAUAAUGCUGGGAAAUAAAUUGGGGAUCUCACUGAAUGCACUAAGUGAAGCCCUUUUCUAUGGUUUUCAUAUACUUAUUUCAAGGAGGCUAAGCAAACGUUGCGAGUUCAAUGAUAAUUCUGUUUACAUUAUGGUUAUGGAUUCUAAGUUUGGAGCAGUGGUGAAGCUAACUGGUGAUGUUUGUCAUCUUGAGCUGAAUGUGGAUAAUCCAUAUCAGGCAGUGGCGGAAUGGAUGAAGACUUAUUCAGAGGUCAGUGUUUCUACAGUGGACAGAAUAUGGAAUAAGCUAGGAAAUGCCAACUGGGGGGACUUGGGAACUCUGCAGCUUCUCUUGGCAACUUUCUACUCUAUUGUCCAAUUUGGUGGUUCGCCAAGAAAAUCAAUAGCCUCACUAGCAUCAGAUCACAGCCUCCGACUUCAGAAAAGAAGAAUUGAGUGUCAUCUUUUGGAGACUGAAACGGGUAAGCAUCCCUCUCAUGACUAUGCACAAGGAGAAAGAGAAAUUGUAGAGCUUGAGCAUGAAGUUAAUCCAGCAAUUAUGCAUCAAGCAUCACACCUGAUGCUACAAGAGGGUGACAUUAUACAUGUUGAAGAUCAGCAGCAAGGUGAAAAGAGUUUUCAAAUCCACGAGCCAUUGUUUGAUGAAAAAUCCUUUUGCUAUAGUGCUUUAUCUCUAGAAAAUCCCACACAGUUGUUGACUUUAUAUGUGGGUGCUCAUCCAUCUAGAUUAGAACCAUCAUGGGAAGAUAUGAGUUUAUGGUAUCAAGUACAAAGGCAAACCAAAGUUCUAAAUGUCUUGAGGCAGGCCGGGAUAUCAAGCAAAUAUUUGCCUGAAAUUGUGGCCUCUGGCAAAAUGUUGCAUCCGGGUAGUUGUAAGAAAAAAAACCCAAAUGAGAAAUGUGAUCAUCCAUUGUGUGGAACACCGGUUCUUGUAAUUUUUCCCAUUGGCGAGCCUGUUUCAUCCAUUGUUUCUCAAGAUGGGCCAUUUUCCUGCGAGGAGGUGAUCCGUUGCUGCAGAGAUUGUUUAGCAGCUUUGAGAAGUGCGAAGAUAGCAAAUGUUCAGCAUGGAGACAUUUGUCCGGAGAAUGUGGUACGUGUUAGUGAUGCUCAGGGCUCAAGCAGUAGCUUCUUUUACGUCCCAGUAUCAUGGGGACGGGCUGUUUUGGAGGAAAGAGAUGGCCCUGCAAUGAACUUAUUUUUUUCGUCAUCCCAUACUCUUCAGCACGGGAAACUUUGCCCUUCGUCUGAUGUGGAGAGCCUUGUUUAUUUACUGUACUUCUUGUGUGGAGGAAAUAUGCAACAACAAGAUUCAAUAGAAUCUGCUCUGCAAUGGAGGCAGAGGAGCUGGGCAAAGAGACACAUUCAGAGGCACCUUGGUGAAGUUUCUGCUAUUCUGAAGGCGUUUGCUGAUUACGUAGACACCCUAUGUGGGACCCCAUAUCCAGUUGACUAUGAUGGAUGGUUAAAAAGAUUGGAUAAGACUGUUAAUGAGUCAGCUGACCAGGGAAAGCUGGUCGAAGAAAUGGCACUUAACAUGAGAAUUGAAGAUAUUGCUGGUUCUUCGGGGAUAUCUGAAGGCGGUUCUUGAUCUUCCUGCUGCUGUCAUUGUACUUUGCAUGAGUUUUAUGUUUUGUUAAUGUAUAAAAGGCUCAAAAACUGCCAUUAGUUUAUCUAGGAAAUCUUUAUUGUGGCUGCGCAAUGCGCAAAUGUUGUGCAGGAUCCUAUUGAUCCAGUGACCAUGUAAUAGUUCAGCUUUCCAGCUGAACAUAGGUUUCUCUUGGAGAUACGACAUAGUUUUGUAAAUGAGCUAACUAAGCUUAAAUACAUUAGGGGCAUCAAGGGUGCCAAUUUGUGCACAUUUCAUGUAAUGCAACUGUAUUGGAAGCUGCAAAGCAUGUCUGAUCUGUUUACAGUAUCUGUACUAGUUAGACAGGAAGGUGCAUAAGCAUCAGUCUUUGCAA